AUUAUAUUGAAUAUGGUUUAAGAAAAUGUCCACUUCCAUGUCUAUCAUUUCAGCCAUAGCUGCAUAACACAGUCGACUCUCUAGCAAUAUGCGUGUCAUAAUAAUUUUGGUGCUGUGCCUGCUGCUGCUCCAAGUCCUGGGAGAGGACGAGGCUAUGACUAAGGCCAAGGGCAAGGCUAAGGGUAAGGGCAAACCGAAGCCGAAGCCAAAAGGGAUUUCCACGACAACUGUCCCCCCGACAACAGAAACUCCGCCCUUUUUCAAAUAUUGUGAGACGAUUUUCAGGUGGAACUUUUUGGAUUAUGAGGUGAUUAAGGCCAUUGUGAAGGCUAUUACGGAACGCCUGGACUCGGUAUGCAAUGUAACCGAAAUGCAGCCCCUCGUGCCCACCAUUGUAGCCGGCAAUCUGUAUUGCGGCACCGAUCUGCCGACUACCAUUGAUUUGCUACUAGACUACAUUUUAGAUAAGGUCGAACGCAGUUGCCAGAAACUGAAGGGUUUCCACAGCCUUUUCAUAUAUACGAGCGACCUAUAAGCCGGAAAUUUCAGUUUCAUUUCUCAAAUUCAAAAAUUGCUUAUAGCAGAGACAAUUUGUCACAAAAAAUAAAUCAAAUGGCUUCCUUUCAAA